AUUUUUUCAGUUUUAAUUACUUCAUCAAUUUUAAUCGCCAUCACCACCGCAGUAAUAAUGCUAGCUUCUAUUUUAUCAAAAAAAGCCCUAACAGACCGUGAAAAAUGUUCUCCCUUUGAAUGCGGAUUUGACCCUAAAUCCUCUUCACGCCUACCUUUUUCCCUUCGAUUUUUCCUAAUCACAAUUAUUUUUUUAAUUUUUGAUGUAGAAAUUGCCCUAAUUUUACCUAUAGUAUUAAUUAUCUCAAUUUCUAAUAUCAUAGCAUGGACCACAACAAGAAUUGUAUUUAUUAUUAUUCUAAUUAUCGGACUAUAUCAUGAAUGAAGUCAAGGAAUAUUAAAUUGAUCAAACU